GCCUGUCUGCCGCAUCACUCGUUCUAGAUCGGUACACAGAAGUCAGGUAUUGGCCACUUCCUCACAGACGCCAUCGAUCUGUGCGCGUCAUGUCUGGUUCAGAGGCGAGAAAGGCGCUGACCGAGAGUACCGUCGAGGCUCCCGGGCCCCAGGAACCUAUACAAACGGAAGCGUUGGCGGAAGAACCGCUGGAGCGAGUGGGACCGGAUGCCGAACUCAACGACGAGAAGCAAGUCGACUACGAGGCCGUCGAAGAAACCAGUUCGCAAGAUGAGAGUGAUAUCGAGAAGAGACAAUCGCCGCCACUGGCACGGACGAGAAGCGACUGGACGACCGCCACAGAGAACAGUGUGGCAACCGAGGGGGCACAACCGCCGGAGCAACAGCCAACCCGGAAACGGAAAUGGAGCGAGAAACUGAAUCCGUUCAAGAGCAAAAACCCGCCGCCUGUGCCUUCAGAACGGCUUGCUUCACGCGAGCAGUCGGCGGGCUUCUUCAGUGUUUUGACAUUCCAGUGGGUCGGUCCGUUGAUGACUGUGGGAUAUCAACGCUCACUGGAGCUGAACGAUAUUUGGCAUGUCAAUCCGGAACGAAGCGUCGAUGUGAUGCGCACAAAGCUGUUGACCGCUCUGGAAUAUCGCCAGGGUCGAAAAGACUGGUUUCAGCCCCUGCCUAUGGCACUCUACGACACCUUUAAGAAGGAAUUUUGGAUAGGAGGCAUCUGCAACUUCAUUUCCGCAAUGCUGCAGGUGCUAUCGCCCUUCACCUUGAAAUAUCUCAUUUCUUUUGCUGGCGAGGCUUAUGCUGCAUCGAACGGUACCCAGCCUGCACCGAACAUUGGGCAUGGCAUUGGCUUGGUGAUUGGAAUUACCUGCAUGCAGAUUAUACAGUCCGGGUGUGUCAAUCACUUUAUCUAUCGUGGUAUGAUGGUCGGAGGGCAAGCGCGUUCCACUUUGAUCAGUACCAUAUUUGCCAAGGCUAUGAGGUUGUCAGGGCGAGCGAGGGCUGGCGGUGCUGCAUUGACCAUGGAGGCAGAACAGCCUGCAUUUGAGCCUGGCAGCAAAGAGGAAAAGGCGUACUUCAAGCAAAAGCUGAAGGACGAUCAGAAGAAAAAGAAGGACAAGAAGGGUGUAUCAGGAGAUGGCCAAGGUUGGGGCAAUGGUAGGAUUGUCAACUUGAUGUCUGUGGACACGUACCGUAUCGACCAGGCUUGUGGCAUGGGUCACAUGAUAUGGACCGCCCCAAUACAGGUGCUGCUGACAUUAGCACUUCUCUGCAUCAACUUGACCUACAGCGCUCUGGCUGGUUUCGCAUUCAUCUGCCUGAUGAUGCCUUUGCUUGCGUUCGCCAUUCGAUCCUUGAUGAUGAGGAGAAAGGUGAUUAACGAAAUCACGGAUCAACGUGUGAGUCUGACCCAGGAGAUCAUAUCUUCGGUUCGAUUCGUCAAGUAUUUUGGCUGGGAGAUGAGCUUCAUCAGCAGGCUCGGAGAGAUUCGAGAUCGAGAGAUUGGCAAGAUCUCGUUCCUGUUGUCGAUUCGAAACGGCAUCAUGGCUGUUUCCAUGUCCAUUCCGAUUUUCGCCAGUAUGCUGGCCUUCAUCACCUACUCGACGACGAUGCACAACCUCAAUCCAGCGCCGGUAUUCUCAUCACUUGCACUCUUCAACGCUCUGCGAAUUCCACUCAACUUGCUUCCGAUGGUUUUGGGACAGGUGGUCGAUGCAAACGCUUCUCUGAAGCGCAUUGCGGAAUUCUUGGCCGCCGAGGAGAUCAACGACGACUCCGAAUGGAAAGACGAUGCCAAGAAUGCCAUUGAAAUCAGAGGUGGUGGCUUCACGUGGGAGCGUAACACGAAUCAAGAUGAAAAGGAAGCACCUGGUGCCGAUCCCAAGGGCCGAAAGCAAAUUGCACAAGAGAAAAAGGAUGCCAAAUCCAAGGCAAAGGAAGAUAAGAGUGCAUCAAAGCUUGCGGAAAAGCAGCAGAUGGGAGUCUACCCGGAUUCUGACAAUGUUGCAGAGAGCGUCCUGGAUGAGCAGAGGGCGCCUUUCCAAAUUAACAAUGUCGACCUCACCGUCGGUCGCGAUGAGCUCGUUGCAGUUAUUGGCUCUGUCGGAUCUGGCAAAACUUCGCUCCUCGCAGCUCUCGCGGGUGACAUGCGAAAGACGACGGGCGAGGUCACUUUUGGUGCCAACAGAGCCUUUUGUCCACAGUAUGCCUGGAUUCAAAAUGCCACUGUCAAGGAGAACAUCAUCUUCGGCAAAGAUUACAACAGUAAGUGGUAUAACGAAGUCAUUGACGCCUGCGCACUGCGGCCUGAUCUCGAGAUGCUCCCCGCGGGCGAUAUGACGGAGAUUGGGGAGCGCGGGAUCACGGUCUCGGGAGGACAGAAGCAACGACUGAAUAUCGCUCGUGCCAUUUACUUUGACGCCGAUAUCGUACUCAUGGACGACCCUCUCUCUGCCGUGGAUGCACAUGUCGGAAAACACAUCAUGGAUAAUGCGAUCUGUGGUCUGCUCAAAGGCAAAGCCCGUGUGCUUGCAACUCAUCAGCUUCAUGUCUUGCACCGCGUGGAUCGCAUCGUGUGGAUGAAAGAAGGCAUGAUCUACAAGAUUGCCACGUUUCCGGACUUGAUGGAGAACGAUGCAGAAUUCCAGAAGCUCAUGGAGACGACUGCACAGGAGGAGAAGCACGAAGACGAGGAGCUUGUGAAUGAAGACGAGGUGGAAGAUGAAAAGAAGGAGGUCAAGAAGAAGAAGAAGGGCAAGAAGCCUGCCGCUGCUCUGAUGCAGCAAGAAGAACGCGCUGUCGACAGUGUGGGCUGGAGUGUGUACGCUGCGUACAUCCGAGCUUCUGGCGGGAUGUGGGUGGCGCCUUUGGUGCUUAUCCUUCUAGUGAUCUCCCAAGGAGCCAACAUCAUGACGUCUCUAUGGUUGUCCUAUUGGACCUCCGGAAAAUGGAAUCUAGGACUCGGCGUCUACAUUGGAGUCUACGCUGCGCUUGGUGUGGCACAAGCAGCUCUCAUGUUUGCCUUUUCUGUGGUCCUCACCGUCUAUGGUACGAAAUCGAGCAAAGUCAUGCUCAACCGAGCUGUGACCCGCGUCCUGCGAGCGCCCAUGUCGUUUUUCGACACCACACCUCUGGGACGCAUCACCAACCGCUUCUCCAAGGACGUCGAUACCAUGGACAACACUCUGACCGACUCGAUCCGCAUGUUCUCCCUGACCAUGUGCAUGAUCUUAUCCGUGUUCAUUUUGAUCAUCGCCUAUUAUUACUACUUUGCCAUCGCUCUGGCACCAUUGACGGUCAUCUUUUUGUUCUCUGCGAGCUACUACCGAUCGUCAGCGCGAGAGUUGAAACGACACGAGGCUGUCCUCCGCAGUGUUCUCUUUGCCCGCUUCAGCGAAGCCGUCAAUGGCAUUUCCACCAUUCGAGCAUAUGGUGUUCAGCAGCAGUUUGCGAACCACGUGGACGAAUCUGUCGACUCCAUGGACGGCGCGUACUUUUUGACUUUUGCCAACCAGAGAUGGCUGUCCACUCGACUGGAUGCUGUCGGCAAUGUGAUGGUGUUCGUGGUCGGCAUCUUGGUCGUCACCUCGCGAUUCUCCGUCAAUCCUUCCACGGGCGGGUUGGUGCUCUCUUACAUCUUGUCGAUUGUCCAGAUGAUUCAAUUCACCGUUCGCCAACUGGCAGAGGUGGAGAAUAACAUGAAUAGUACGGAGCGUGUUCACUAUUACGGCACUGAACUGGAAGAAGAAGCGCCUCUCCACUUGGGAGAAGUGCCAGCAUCGUGGCCCGAACACGGAGCCAUUGACUUUGAUAACGUGCAAAUGCGGUACCGCGAUGGCUUACCUUUGGUACUCAAAGGCCUGACCAUGCACGUCCGCGCGGGCGAGCGCAUUGGUGUGGUGGGACGUACAGGCGCUGGCAAGUCGACCAUCAUGUCGACGCUCUUCCGCCUCGUGGAACUUUCCGGCGGCAGCAUCUCCAUUGAUGGCGUCAACAUUGCGAAAAUUGGGCUUCACGAUUUGCGAUCUCGGUUGGCCAUUAUUCCACAAGAUCCCACCCUCUUCCGAGGCACGAUACGAAGUAACGUCGACCCUUUCAACGAACACACUGAUCUCGAGUUGUGGAAUGCGUUGCGACAAGCAGAUCUCGUCGGGGCGGAGCAGACCAUGGAUGACGAAGGUGGACGCAUCCAUCUCGACACGGCGGUCGAAGAUGAAGGUCUGAACUUCUCUCUGGGACAACGGCAACUUCUCGCUCUGGCCCGAGCACUGGUGAGAGGUUCACAAAUCAUCGUGUGUGACGAAGCGACUUCUUCGGUGGACUUUGAGACGGAUCAGAAGAUUCAACGCACCAUUGUGAGAGGAUUCAAGGGCAAGACAUUGUUGUGUAUUGCGCAUCGCCUCAAGACCAUUAUUGGAUAUGAUCGCAUCUUGGUCAUGGACCAGGGCAAUGUGGCAGAGUUGGAUCGUCCGUUGACGUUGUAUGAUCAAGGUGGCAUAUUCCGGAGUAUGUGUGAUCGGUCUGGGAUUCGGAGGGAGGAUUUUUUCGAAAGUGCAGAGGCGAGAUUUAGUGCGGAAAGCCCAGAGUUGGAGAGGACGCAAAGCGCAGUCAUGACAACGAGGGCUUAGAUUUAUACCCCCC